AUGGCCGCAUCACCGCCCUCUUCGAGUGCUCCUGACGUCGCGAUGGAUGGCGAUACCAAGCACCAAGCCAACCGCCAGGAAGACAUGUCUGCCUCGAAAAAACGCAAAAUCACUGGCGACGAUGCGUUUUCAGAUGCAGAUGCAGCCUUGAAUGCCACAAACGGACUGGCUGCUCAGUCAAAAAAGGCGAGGCUGGAUGAAUCCAACCGCCUUUCCAUGGAUAGAUCACUACUACCCACUGAGAUCUGGCACCACAUCUUUUCCUUCUGCCCCCCCAGGACGUUGGGGAAUUUGUUGAUGGUCAACAAAUUGUUCAACUCCUACCUAGAUCCUGCUUCGCCUGUCGUGGUGGAAAAGCGUCCACCACCGCUGGCCAAGUCUGUCGUCAAAGUCAUAAAGCCAAAUGAUAUUUGGCGCAAUGCUCGGCGCACCUUUUGGCCAAAAAUGCCUGCCCCUUUGAAGGAAAAGACGGAGCUGGACAUGUGGCGUCUUGCCUGCUCAUCGACCUGCCAGUUUUGUGGCAAGCGGGACACGCGACGCACGUUUCCUGCGACGGACCCUCUUCGCGGACCAGGCCUCGAUGGUGUGGCCCGUGUCUGGGAGUUCCGACGAGUUAAUAUCGCAAAAUGGGAAAAGUAUGACGACUCUGGUGGUGUUGCCAACAUGAGAAUGCUUCUUCAUCCAGAUGUCAAGGGCCAGCCUCCUACUGUUCUGGAGCCGACUCAGCGUACUGAGCUCACACAAUCCCCAAUUAAAACUGUCGAAGGACAAAAGCUGGUUUCGACUUGUGUGGCAAAGCCUCCCGAUGCACCGGCCAAAAAAGAAAAGACGUCCGAAGAAAUUGACGCUGAGUGGGAUCUGAUACAAGGUCCUGUCCGACUCAAGAUCCUUCGAUAUGCUGACGAAGCAAUCAUUGGUGACUGGGACGAUGGUGAUAAGGUGACGAAAGACAAUGCUCCGGCGUUUGCUGCCGAUGUCCUGCUUCAUGUACGAAAACGGUUCUACACGGAAGUCGAAAACGACGCAAAGGCGGCACGGGCGUUCGGUCGAGAGCCGACCGUUGACCCUGUUGGCGGACCCUUCACCCAAAAGCUCACGUUGGAGAAUCUAAAGUACGUGUUUGACGUCAAAGUCAAGCCGAUCACGUCCAAAUUUCGCACCGAUUUGUUCCUUUGCCCUGUUUGCGAUACAAGCAUGAAAUUCUUCGGGUUUGAGGGCGCCAUUCAGCACUACGCAGCGAAGCACACGAAUAUCCUUAGCGUUGGCAAUAUCGUUGUUUACUGGAGGGCCGAGUGGCCAGAGGAUCCUCCGUUCCGGCCAAAUCCUCGCACUGCUAAAGGCACAGGUCUGCCGUCGGACAACGGACGGGGCCAGGUUCGUUCCAACCGCCGCCGGUCUACCAGCGUGCAUCUUAUGAACCACUCGCUGGAGGAGCUAAUCAAGAUGCUCGUUCUUUCUCCACUGGACCGCCAGCACAGCCUUCUGUUUUUGAGGCUCCGGGACCAGUUGUUCCCCCUGAACAUCAAGCUUUGA